AUGGAAGGAACGAUUCGCAUUCCUUUAUAUGCGAUUAUUUUUAUUAUAGGACUUGUUGGCAAUUCCUUGGUCAUUGUUACAUUGGCUCGAAAUCGAAGGUUGAGGAUAGUAACCAACGUGUUUUUGCUUAAUUUAGCAGUGAGUGAUCUUUUACUGGGUGUAUUUUGUAUGCCUUUCACUUUAAUUGGUACUUUAUUACGCGAAUUCAUUUUUGGAGAGAUGAUGUGCAAACUUAUAUCUUAUAUUCAAGGUGUAACUGUUGCUGUAAAUGCAUGGACUUUAGUAGCAAUUUCUCUCGAACGUUUCUAUGCAGUAUGUGAACCUCUACGCUCUCGUCGUUGGCAAACUUCGUCUCAUGCGUGUAAAGUCAUCUUUGGAAUUUGGAUAUCUGCCUUUGUUACAAUGACUCCAAUUGUUUGGGUAUCAAAAUUGAUGCAUAUUCAACCAUCAGGAAAGUAUAAAUGCAGAGAAAAUUGGCCAAACAGACUGUGGGAAAGUGGAUUCAAUAUAUUUCUAGAUGCUAUUCUUCUUCUCCUUCCUCUAUUAGUUAUGGCAGUUGCAUAUCUUCGAAUAGCCCUAAUUCUGGGGAAAGAAAUUCCAGCUACACAUAUUAUCAAAACAGAUGAUUCCUCACCAAGCCUAAAUUUUUACAACACUCCAGAACCAGCUCAAGACAGUUGUGCUAUGUGUAGCCCUCCAAAAUGUGCAACAAAAUGGACAAGGGUGAACAUCCCAAUGCAUGAUGUUUCAACCAGAUCUUCAACAAUAACAUCCAACUUCCAGUCCAUCCGUCAAAGCAGCAACUCGGACGGUACAUCUACAGUUACGCUGAGUAUAGAUGGCCCUAACUUACAGCGUAGAGUUGCAAUACAAAAAAGAGUAACUACUUUGCUAGUUGUUGUUGUUCUGGAAUUUUUUAUAUGCUGGACUCCCAUUUACAUAAUAAACACAAUAUCGAGCUUUAAGCCUGAUCUCGUGUAUAAAGGAAUAGGAUACGUUAAUAUAUCAUUUUUGCAUUUGUUGUCUUAUGUGUCAUCUUGUUGUAAUCCUGUAACGUACUGUUUCAUGAACCGAAAUUUUCGCCGAGAAUUUUUUCAAACUUUUACAAGACUUUGCUUUUGGUUAAAAUCCUCAUCUUCACGAAAAUAUUGCGGCAGCAAUCCAAUUUUAAAUGGGUAA